AUGGAAGAAGACAAUUAUUCGGAAUGUUUUAUCUUUGAUAAACAUCUAGAUAACAAAGGUUCAAUUGGCGUAGUAGAGCAACAAAUAUGUGACGAAAAUUUUGAUGAUUUGAAUAAUAGUAGACAUACUCCAAAAAUAAAGAAUUAUUUUACAAGUUGGAAAAGUCAUAGUUCUGUGAAGCAUAAUAAAACUAUUAUGACUAUAUUAGGGCAAGCUAUUGAGACAGGGGAUUGCAGUGCUGCUAAUUAUAAUUACGUUGAUAGUACUCAAUUACAAUUUUCGGAUCAGAAUACAGUAUAUAAAUAUCACGAACAAAUAAAUCAAAGAAAGGACACUACUUGUAAUUCCGAAACUUUUACUCUAGAAAAUUCCCGCCAUAACAACAUAAUGUACCCUGAUUAUAUAGCAUCCAUUGAGGAUUCAGAGCGAUCUGUGGAAACAUUUUUUUCAGGAUCUAAAGCUUGUGACCUUGUAGUAACGCCAACUACAAAAAUUUCUAAUAAUUCACUUCAGCAAGAUAUAAAUGUUUUUAAAACUUUAAACCAAACGUCAUAUUCUAAUAAAAUAAAGGAGGUAUUUCCUAAAUUAUUAAGUAAACAUAAACCUUCUUCAACUUCUUAUAAUUCAAAGACUAAAAUUGAAACAAUUUACCUCAAUGACACACCAAACUCUCUAAAGACUGUAUUUUCUACUUUGUUGCAUACUAUUAUACCCAAAUCCUUAACCAAAGUUGCCCAGAACAAUGUUAAAGAUGAUAAUAUUAAGGUAGGUGUAACGUCUUCCCAUUCAGCUCAUCUUCAUAGUAUGCAACCAUUAAAAAGACAUAGUGACGAAUUUCCUGUCUUUGGAGAAAGUUUCGAAUUCUGUAACCUUUACACAUCAGCCGAAAGCAAAAAUAGUAAUAUAUCCCCAAAUAAUAAACUAAGAAAUGAUUUUCAAACUAUAUCUUCUAGGGAAAUUUGUGAUUGUAAGAGCUUCAUAUCAUCUAAAACUAAUUCAUUCUUACUUCCAAAGAUAGCCCUCCGAGAAAUGGAAGAUAGCCUAGAUGGAGGAGUAGAUGGUCACAUUAUUAAAAAACUGAGACUAUCAUCAUCUCCAGAUGAUCCUUAUUUAAAAUUUAGCCAAUUAGAAAGAAUUGGACAUGGUGCUUCUGCUGAAGUUUUUCUUUCCUACAGUGAUAAGGAAGAGCAAUAUGUAGCAUUGAAGAGAAUUGAUACAGCUCAUCAAAAAAAUAGACGACUUGUAAUAAAUGAAUUAUUGAUUAUGAAAACAAUCUCCCAUCCAAAUAUCGUUAAGUUCUAUGAUUCGUAUUGGACUAAGGGAGAAUUAUGGAUUGAAAUGGAGUAUCUCCAAGGUGGGAGUUUAACUAAUAUAAUUAGUAGCUAUCAGUUAUCUGAAUUACAAAUCUCAGUCAUAUGCAGGGAAAUUUUGAAAGGACUCCAAUAUUUGCAUUCGAAUGGCAUUAUACACAGAGAUGUGAAAUCUGAUAAUAUUCUACUAUCCGUAAAUGGUGAAGUAAAAUUAACUGACUUCGGAUUUUGUACGAACACUACCAAUUCAGUGGAAGGACAGGACAUGAUUAUUGGGACCCCAUAUUGGAUGGCACCAGAGGUUAUUUCUGGAGAAAAAUACGGAACGAAGGUUGACAUCUGGUCGUUAGGAAUCACUAUUAUGGAGAUGAUUGAACAUGAGCCACCAUAUAUGGAAGAAACACCAGCCAAUGCUUUAUAUUUGAUAGCCACAAAUGGCGUACCUGAGUUGAAAAAUCCCGAGGGUAUCAGUACCCAGCUUUCCCUGUUUCUUAAAAAAUGUUUAAUGGUUAAACCUGAGUUGCGAGCUUCCAGUAUAGAACUCUUACAUGAUCCUUGUGUUUGUGAUAUUCCCGCUGCCAACGAAUCAUUACGCUCCUUAGUAAUACAGGCUUUAGAUAAAGUACAAUAG